UGCAUUGAUCGCAUCAAGGACCAAGGACCGAGGACGUCGGCAAGCUCUCUCCCCCCUCCUUCCCCCGGUGCUUUGCUGGCUGCUUUGUGCAGGCCGGUUGGUCCCAGUGCCUAAAUAUGCGUGCGGUGGGCCGAUGAACCUGGCCCCAUCGGAUCUCAUUCGUGACGUUGGUGGUAAUCGUCACCGGCGUUCCGUGGAAUCACCCUUCUCGCAAUCUUCCGCCUGAACCUGUACCAAAGGCGCUCACAUCCCCUUUCAUUGCACACUUAGGUGCACCACAACGAGCUACAUGCUCUCACCGUCGCCCUCGUCCCAACUAGCACGCAUCGGGAUAAACCUGCCAUUAACGCGUUGGAAACAGCAGCAGUAGCAGAAAAACGCACGGCAGGCCCACUCCUUUCUUGCAGCCAUGGCGAACUUGAACUCUGGGCUAGCCCAAGGCGGCCACAGCCCAAGCACAAAUAUUGCACAGUGGACACAUGGUAUUCAAUGCAUUCCUGGCCUGCCCAUCGCGGAAGCCUUGGCCAACCUCGGCACCUGGCCCCUCCAUCCGGUCCUCGAUGCCGACAUCGACGCGUCGUCAUCCUUCAGCAAGCCCCAAAGCACGACGGGUCGGAAGGUCACAGUGUCAUACUGGCGUGCGAGAACGGCGCUUGAGGACAGCACAGACGGGACUUCCACAGUAGAAGGGAUUAUUUCGUCGCAGCAACGCGUCAAUCUCAACACGGCUGUCGAGCAACUGCAGACCAUGCGCUUUGCCGAGGCUUGCAUUCUGGCUGCCCUCGAACGAAGUGAAGAGGCGAAGCGCAACGGACGCAGCGAGGGACAACGCCAUGGGAAAGGCGAGGCGGAAGAUGCACAGCCAUAUACAGAGUCGCAAACAGAGAAACACGCGGAUGUAGAAAGCGGAAAAACUGCAUUUGCGCGGCAAUUCUUACAAGAUCGUCUACUCUUUGCUGUGCAGGAGGAUGAGCAGCCAGAGGACGAGGUGCAUCAUCAACAUGUCCUCAGGCACGCACAAGGCAUGUACUCGAAUACGUUACCCACCGGCGCAAAAAGGCAGGCCAAGCGGCGGCGAACCGAUACUAACUCCGGUACGAGAGGGCAGACACAGCCAAGGACACAGUCUCUGUGGCUCUUUCGCGUCUGCUUCUACGACUCGACUGAGGGAGCCGCUGUCCCUCCCGCGAGCGCAAGCUUGUCCUUCUGCGAUGCUGUCCUGCGCUUGUCCUCCACCUUGCCCGAUCAAGCCGAUCCGACAAAUUUCUCACACACCCCAACAUCAGCGAAACAAAGGCAGCGGCCACUGUCGCAGCUGCUGUCGCCAUCCGAGCAAUUUCAACUUUCCGCGCUCGAGAAAGCGUGUGCAGCUCUGCAGCACGAGCUCCCGCUUCUCAUGCUCGAGACAGAAAAGCCGGACCACACGAUCACGCUCGAGGAGCUGAGGAACGAUGCGCUCGUGUGCGACGCGUUGCAGCGCGCUCUGCAUGGCGCCUUCGUUGCCUGGGCCUUGCAUCGGCAGCACCACCCUUGCAAACCCCUGGACCCGUCUGGCGCGUUGGGUGCGCAAAGAAAUCAGGCCGCAGGCGAUGGCCUCGAUGUUGAUAAUCGGGGAGACACGGGGGAGGAGGAUGUAUAUCCCGUUCGCUGGCGCGACGGUAUACUGCUGCGACCUAGAUUCCGACCACCUCUGAGGUGGCCGAGGCACAGUACGUACGACGAUCAAGAAGAGAGAGAUUGUAACAUCGGAAGGAGCCGCACUGGCCACCUGCGCUCCACCUCGCACGUUGGCAUUACACACGCGCACGCCGAAGCAAGUUCUUCCAUCAAUCUACGCGCGUUCAUCUCCCCUUUUAUUUUGCAGCUGCACCUCUCACGCCAGCCCCAGGAUACAGCGUGGAAUCUCUUUCCCCUUUCCGUGCGGUCUCCUAGGGAAGACCGGGAUCCGGCUGUGACGUGCGCUUGGGACGGCGAGUGGGAUCCCGGGCCUUGUCUCGCGUCCGACCGCGUUCCUCGCUCUGGCGCAACGCUGCUCCUCGCUCCUCUUGGCGUCCAGGCUACGUUCGUGGAUCGAUGGAUGAAGGCAGACAUCAACCUUCUGCAAAGGGAUGCAGCUAGAGACCACGCGGUCGGCGUGUCGACCUUGCAUGCUUGGGAGUCGAUGAAAGAGGAGCUCAAGACGCGGCUCCUUGCAAUGGGCUGUCUCAGCUCGCCGGAAGUGGAAGAGGAUCUGGAGAGGGAUCGUUACAUCCUUUGCAAGCGCCAAGAAAGCGAGAAUGAGAAUGAGAAUGAGAAUGAGAAGGACGGCGGUGGUGCCGCUGGCGCGCAAGGGCAAGUCCAACAAGGCGAAAAUGACACCAGCACGGGAAACACGCGCGUCUUCCUCUGGCUGCAAUCGCUUUGUUACCUUGCUGUACCUCGUCAUGUUGGCACUGAAGGGAGCCACGUCGAAGGGAUCAUCAGCGCAGGCGAAAAGACGAAGACGGCGUCGGUGAUUGUGCCAGCCGUGGAGCGACUCAAUUUUGCGACACCUCAGCGACUCGGAGAAGUGCUGGACAACUCUCGGAAAGCAUUGCAGCGCCUCGCCAGUGCCAGGACCAAGACCCGGCAGGAGGCUGCACCGCCGAUCACACCACCUCCGCCGCCGGCCCAGCUAUCGAUUGUCGAUGCGCAAGGCGGCGCACAAGUGGCACUGACUGCCACUGCUCUUAAAGGGGUAGCUCUUAAACAAGAGCCCUCAAUGCAAUCUGCUGUCGAGGAGCAGCCGCAAGAAUGGAGGUUGUCUCAUGCCGCGACCGCCGAAGAUGCAUGGUCCAGCUCCGAAGGUGAUGCAGACUUGUGGGGCGAAGCGGAUGGCGAAGACGGCAGAGAUGUGUCGCAUUCGAGCUCCGAUCGACAAGGCAUUGUUGUCGACUCUCCGAAUCUCAAGUGUACCUCUCCUACAGGGAACCAGGCAGAGUUACUGCCGCCAGCAGCUCAUAUCGACUCGGUCGAGGCAUUCGGAUCUGAUCACCCAAAUCCCGCCUUUGGCGUUGAGGCCUCUUCGGCACCUGCUAAACGUGCGUUCGAAGAUAUGGACAUCGUCACGGAUGUCGACUUUGACUUUUUCGGUGGGGGUGGCAUCGUUCUUGCUGAUCUACCAGCUGAUACCAACGUAGCAGCCAAGCAAGGCCAGCUUCACGCUUAUGAUGCACCUGCUCCGAACGCUGCAUUGGAAGGGCAUGCUUCUUCGGGUCCGCCCCACAGCACAUCUCUUGCUGCGCCCCUCUUGGUUCUGCAGCAGAUAUUUCCUCGCCAUCCAGCAGGCGCUGUCACUGGGACAACCUUUGCAAGCCUCGAUGCGCCAUCUCUACCCGCGUUCACUCCUGGCUCGUUGACAGCCUCUUCUCCUACCAUGGGCCCGCUCCUCGGCAAGACGCCGCAAACACCUGGAGACGAGCAGCAUUUCGUUCCGGACUCGGUAGCCAUUGCGAACUUUGACAAUGUCCGCUCCUCCGUCCAGCAGAGUGCCGAUGAGGAUCUGAGCGCAAAGUCGGUAGAUUACGACCUUGACUACCAUCUGCUCGGCUCAAUGCGGGCAAUGAUGCCACGUGAUCUGCCCACUGGUGAUAUGGCUUCCAAGUAUGAAGAGGGCAAAUUCGCCGUUCCGGUCGAUGGCAGCACAUCAACGCAGGCUAAACCGAAUGGCGAUGCUCCCGACCUGACAGUACAGUUGCAGGCACAGACACAGACGCGCCUACAGGCAAGCACAAAGGCGCAAGCACAGGGAAACCCGCAUUUGCAGGGACAGGCUCCACCUCGUAAGAAACGGCUGCUGGCCACUCUUCGCCACAGGCACAUGAAUGAUGAAGAGUUGUCCGAGCUGGGAACAGCAGAUGCUUCGGUCAGCGGACAAAGUGACUCUGAUGACAGUGACUCUGAAUCUGAGGCUGAUCGAGGGCAUGCAGUGGACGAAGUGCAGACGCUCAAGUCGCAGCUAGACCUUCUCUCGCAUGCCGUUAAAAUUGUCGUUGGGCGUGUGUCUGUGCAUUCCCGCACUCGCGCACUCACUGUACGCGGCCGGCAGACAUCAUCGGAUGCUCAAGUGGAGGAUCGGUUGUACAAUCCGUCCUGUACAAGGCUUCUGCAUUAUGGUGCUCGUGUUCAAGGUGACGCACAAGUCCAGUCCAUGGGUGACGAGUGUGAAGGUUGCGACGUCGCCGCAAGGGCCAUCAAAGACCCAAAGGCUUUCGCAGCGGGAUCAAUAUCGCGAGUUGGCACUUUGCAACUGCUAGAGCAAACGCAAAUGAUCGUGAGCAGCGCGGGGUCUGUCCUCAAGAUAAAUGCGGCCGCAGUGCCAUUUUGGAGUAAAUUGAAUCUGGCACCUGUUGCGGGUCGGAAGAACGUCACAUGUCUUUUGCUGGUCGAGGAGUCAUCUGAAGGCUUCAUUGGCGACACGCGGCGUCGACUUGACGUGUGGAAGUAUAGCUACGAGAGCAUGUCCUUGGGCACUUUCAGUCAAGUAGAUGUGGCCAUCAUCGCUGCCAGUGAUCCACGAACCCCUGCAUUAAGCGAGCUGAGAAUGGACAGCGAGCGUUGGAACAACACGAUCCACUCGUUGGGCACAAGAGUCAAUGCGGCUGCCGCACAUGACAAGUACACAGUGCUUUGGGUGGCUGGAUGCAAGGAAACACCCGAUCAAGAGAUCCUAGGGGCGAUACAGGUGGAUUUGCGGCUUCUGUGUCGCAAAGCAGGUAACCCGCAGCCAUUCGUGACGGUCGUGGAGCUUACCGCAAAACGACCUUCCUACCUCGACUGCUUAGCACUCUACGAUAGUAUCGAAAGCAGCUCGCCGCCGGAAGCUACGCGCCACCUCCACCGAGAGCUAACACCCUCCGGACACAGCUUCCAAAGUCCAGCAUUCGCCCUUGCACCUGCUACCUACCGUCAAUCGAAACAUUUCUCUUUGACGUGGCCGCAUGUCUCGGACUCUCACGAUGCAACUGACUACCUCGUUCACGUGGCCUACGACAUUGAUUUCACUGGCAGCAUCUGGACCGCAUGUAUCGACAAUAAAGCCCAGCUUUCGGAGACAAAGCAGUCGCCGAAGAGUGGCAAAACAUACGAUGACUUACUCACGGUCUGGACUAACGCGGUGUCUUUUGCCAGAAGGGCUUCGCAGAAAUGCACAAUUGUCCUCUGCCACAGCUGCUCAUCUAGGGAGGAAAUCCGACUGGGUUGCUUCAAGAACAUUGCGGCCGAGCAAAAGCCACCAUGGAUAGAACACGUGAUUUUCUUGUGCUUGGACCGGAGUACUCCAAUCGCCCUGCCAUGGGAGAGACUAGCUCCGCCAGGGCAUGAUUUUCCUCAGCAAGCUAAUGCAGCCCGCGACAACUCGCUCAUGCACGAUUCGUCUCGCCUGGAUCUCGCCUGGACCUUCCCGCCUGCGCGCCUUAUCCACGAUCUCUGUGACGUUUCACCUCUUGCAUCUGGCCUGUUGGCGUCUCGCCGCCUCUGCUCGGCGACCGCAUCUUCUUGGUCGACAGAGAACUACAUUCUUCACAUCCUAGCUACCGUGCCGGAAAGUUCCGCGGGAAUGGAAGAAGUCAUGCAACAAGUUCUCGUGUCUUUCCACGAGCUGAGAACGGUCACCAAGCUCCGACUUGCAUGCGACCUGCCGUUGCCGUGGCACGUGGCCGCCGUUCGAAUAUUCGCAGCUGCUAGUGCGAAGUAUUGAUGUAUCUCAUGCGCCUGCAUCUGUAGCAUAUGCGUUCGUCUACUGCCUAUUUGC